UAGAACACGUAGUUUAUCGCGGUAUUUGGACACAGCUGUUCGCUGUCUGGUAGAAGAAAUAAACCAGGCUAGGCUAGCAGGACAGGACAGAUAGUUAGCCGCGCAGAGAGCAGGGAUUCAGUCCGUGUAAACUCAGGAGGACAGCGGGGACUGGACAGCAGCGAGCCUUUCACCUCCAGCAAUGCAAACGCUGAGUGUCGCAGCGAGCUAACGGCAGAGCUGUCCCGACACACGGGGACUGGUUUUGAUGGCCAAACCGAAGCGACGAUAAUAAUAAAAGGCGACAUCAACAAGAAAGGGGUUAGCUUAGUUUCAAUGUUAUUGUUAAUUAAAUACCACAUAUGGUCACAAUGUCCUGCCCUGGCAAUCUGGUUUGGGAUGUAAAUAAACGCUUAAUUGGAUACAACCAGCCUAACACCAUCAGGACCAACUAUUUAGGUAGAAGAGAAUUUGUCCAGAGGCUUAAACUUGAAGGGACACUGAAUGUACAUGAUGGCUGUGUCAACACUAUAUCCUGGAAUGACACAGGUGAAUAUAUCCUGUCGGGGUCAGACGACACCUUUUUGGUUAUCAGCAACCCAUACAACAAAAAGGUCAAGAAGUCCAUACGUUCAGGUCACCGGGCAAACAUCUUCAGUGCAAAGUUCAUGCCCCACACCAACGGUCAGGAGAUCGUCUCCUGCUCCGGAGACGGCAUCAUCUACUACACCCACACUGAGAAGAGUCCGGAGUACAACAGACAGUGUCAGUUCACCUGCCAUUAUGGAACAGCUUACGAGAUUAUGACGGUACCAAACGACCCCUACACGUUUUUGUCGUGUGGGGAGGACGGCACAGUGCGAUGGUUUGACCUUCGCAUGAAGACGAGCUGCACUAAAGAAGACUGCAAAGAUGACAUCCUGAUAAACUGUCGAAGGGCAGCAACCUCUAUAUCCAUUUCUCCCCUGGUGCCGUACUACCUGGCCGUGGGCUGCUCUGACAGCUCGGUGAGGAUCUACGACAGACGCAUGCUGGGCACCAGAGCGACAGGUAACUACAUGGGCCGGGGGACGACAGGCAUGUGCGUGAGGUUUGUUCCCGCUCACCUGUCCAACAAGUCGUGUCGUGUAACGUCUCUCUGCUACAGCGAGGACGGUCAGGAGGUGCUCGUCAGCUACUCCUCCGAUUACAUCUACCUGUUUGAUCCCAAAGAUGACCAGGCCCGAGAGCUGAAGGGUCCGUCUGAGGAGAGGAGGGAGGAGCUGAGGCAGCCUCCAGUGAAGCGCCUCCGUCUGCGAGGUGACUGGUCUGACACUGGACCUCGGGCUCGUCCUGAGAGCGAGAGGGAGAGAGAUGGAGAGCAGAGCCCGAAUGUGUCCCUGAUGCAGAGGAUGUCGGACAUGUUGUCGCGCUGGUUUGAGGAGGCCAGCGAAGCUCAGAGCAGCAGAGGGACGAGGCCUCAGACACGACCCAGAGGAACAGCUGUCCGUCCAGAGGGGGCGUCGAAUCCUCCAGCUGCCUCUGCAGGAGGUUCCAGUCAGGUGCCCAGCACCCCCGAGACGCCCGUAGGGACAGAUGCCCCAGAGGCCCCCACCGAACCCGUCGCCGCAGCCACCACCGCAGCCACCACCGCAGCCACCGCCACCAUGCCUAAAUCCACCUCCUCCUCCUCCUCAGGGUCUUCAUCUACAGUCACAGCACCUCCUCCUUCCAGCUCUUCAUCAGUGGAGAGUUCGGCCCCUUCCACCUCCCCCAUCACCACCUCGCCUGACUCCGAGCAGAGGAGUCAGGCCGAAACAAGCGGGACCUCCGCGCCGACGCCCACCUCAGAACCUGCACUCUCAGAGUAUGGUCCUCAUCGGCUGCCCAUAAGUUUAGUGUGUAGGCGUUUGCAGAGGUUACUUCGGCUGGCCGACCCACCAGGACGGGGUCCGCGAGCGGCCCCCUCUUCUUCUUCUUCCUCCUCCUCCUCCUCCUCUUCCUCCUCCUUCUCCUCCUCUUCUUCCUCUGCAGCCCCUGAGAGACAGUCACAAAGAGCUGCUUCUACUGCCGCUGCUGAUGAGACGCAACCCUGCACAGAUUCCCCCUCGUCUGUGGUAAACAAACAGCUGGGAUCCAUGACCCUGGAUGAACAGCAGGGAGCUGCAGAAGCUGCAGGUUCAAUUCCCGAUCAGCCUGUUUCAGUACCAGUCAGCAGCAGUGCUCCCACUACCUCCUCCACCUCCACCACCUCCACCACCUCCACAACAGGCACCAGUCGACCCAGUACAGCGGAGCCCGUCCUCAGCUUACACUACAGCUCAGAGGGAACCACCACCAGCACCAUAAAGCUGGACUUCACUGAUGAGUGGAGCAGUAACACAUCCAGCUCUAUGGGCAGUGGAGGUCCCAAAGCGUCGGAAGCUGUGGCUGUACAGAGCAGAGAGAGUUCAGUGUCAGAACAAGCUCCCUCUGAGUCCUCGGGACAGCAGACUGUGCCCGCCGCUUCAACAGAGCCGCCCUGUGACGCCUCCUGCUCCGUCCCCCUUGGCAGCUCAUCAGCUCAGGGCCCGGCGGAGGGCUCCUCUGAGGGGGGCGCCGCGGCGUCUGCGCCACUGGAGAGGAGUCAGCCGGAGGAGGACACGUCAGGAGGCUGCAGGAGAGCAGAGCCCCCAGGAGAGGAGGGAGAGGAGGGCCAGAGUCAGCCUGCUCGGGCCCACCAGGACUCCGACGACAGCGACGACGAUCCCAUUCUCAUCCCAUCGACGAGGUUCAGAGGACAGGGACAGAGAUUUAAUUCCAGAGGAUCUGCAGUAGGAGAUAGGAUGAUCAGACGGUCAGCAGCCGCUCGUAUCCAGGAGCUGUUCCGUCGGAGGAAAGAGAGGAGGGAGAUGGAGGAGAGCGAGACCCAGAAUAUCAGGAGACCCUCAGUCAAAAUGGUCUACAAAGGCCACCGGAACUCCAGAACAAUGAUAAAGGAGUCGUGUUUCUGGGGCAACAAUUUUGUGAUGAGCGGCUCAGACUGCGGCCACAUCUUCAUCUGGGACAGACACACCGCCGAGCACCUCAUGCUGCUCGAAGCCGACAACCACGUGGUCAACUGCCUGCAGCCGCACCCCUUCGACCCCAUUCUGGCUUCUUCAGGGAUAGACUAUGAUAUCAAGAUUUGGUCGCCGCUGGAAGCGUCGCCAUCUUUCAACAGAGUUCUUGCUAGUGAGGUAAUAACUCGGAACGAGCUGAUGCUUGAGGAAACAAGGAACACAAUCACAGUCCCCGCCUCCUUCAUGCUCCGAAUGUUGGCCUCCCUAAAUCACAUCAGAUCAGAUCGAUUGGAAGGUGAUCGUUCAGAAGGCUCGGGUCAGGAAAAUGAGGAUGAGCAGUAGCCUGCUGGCAUUUUAUUUGAAAGAAAACACUAUUUGUUUUUGCUGUAUAGCACUUGAAAAAAAACACCUGAGAUUUGUACAAGUAUAGUGUAGAAUACUUCCUUUUGAAAUUAGUGUAAUUUCUAGCCCCCCUGUGUUUUUUUAAGAUGACUUUCUUACUGAUGUUUCUGUAUGAGGAUCUGUGUGAAUGCAAAAGGCAAGGACGUCAGUAUAUAUAUAUGUAUAUGUGUGUGUAUAUAUAUGUAUAUAUACAUAUAUAUACACAUAUGUGAGAAUAAUGGCGACUGGUGUGCGAGAAUGUUAAGUGCAAUAUUAUUUUGUUAGGAGAAAGUGAGCUUUGAUCAGUGUUAACGUGUGACUUUUUGAAUUUGUAGCACAAAGCUAAGAAAUGUUGAUGUGCUGCUGCGGCAGUUACGCAUGUAACGGACUUUUAAGUAAAACAUACCUGGAGAAUGCUUUAA